GCGACCACUCUCUCACUAGCCGUUUGUUCGCCCAUAAUCAUCCUCGGAGCAAUCAGCUUUUGGGAUCCCAGAGGCAUGCCUCUGCGUUGACUGCCUCCAUGUGGAUGGAGAUAAGCUCCCAAAUCUCCCCCACACAUGGCUGUUGGGCAUGAAAGGACCACGAUGUCUCCUGGUCAGCCUCAGAAUCAAACGGACGGCCGGGCCUCAAGCGGCAAGUAACCCUUCUCCUGCAACGGAGAGUAUGUCGAGAACCGCGUACUUCGUUUCUUCAUGGCGCGGAAUGGAAGACGGCCGAAGGAAAAGAGAGGGUGAAAUGUUGUGAAAGAUGAGACGAUGAAUGGGUAUAUUAACCUCGAUCCCCUUCUUGGAUGUCCAGUUUAUUCUUGCCAGUAAAGCACUUUGGCCUUGCCAAGGAGAUACUAUUCGCACAGCCUCUCGAUCUCUCAUUCUGCGACAACCACAGCCAAAAUGCUGAUAGCCCUUCUCGCCCUUUUCUCCCUCCUCAUAGCCUACGUGCUCCACCAUGUCCUCUCCCACCAAACUCUCUUGUUGCAACGAAUCUUCGCCCAAACCAUCUACAAUACCCUCCAGCUCGCCCGUCUUAUUGGUCCUCUCGACCCUUAUGACCCCCUGGCUGUCCCCGACCCAAUUCCCGACUCAAACUCCGCCUCAAAAAUAUCUGAAGCCGAAGCACUAGCCGCUCAGCGCAUCGACUACGCCCGCUCCAUUGUUGACUUCUCAUAUGCCGGACCCAAGGUAGAGUUGGAAGACCGCCUUCGUCUCCGCGCCCUAGCCAAUUCCCGUCUGGUUGCGGCAUUUGGGAUCAACACGUCGCUUACCAGUUCGUCGGUCUCUGUCCACAAGAAGUUCCGCAAAUUGGCCAGUGCAUCGAUCAACAAGAGCAGAGCUGAUUGGCAGAAGCUUUAUGGAGUUUGCAUGGAUUUCCUUCAGUGUGAAAAAGCGCGGUAUGGAAGGACUGGCAUUGGCUUGGCCGAGUGUGUCCGAUGUCUCUGCUUUGUUGUCGUCUUGGUUUCGCAGUUUGGGGCGGACGACAAGAAGGUUGAUAAGAACUUGGUGAAGCGAAUAACUGAUGAAAUCAAUGCGCAGUGGUUGAAGAGCAAGGAAGAUGGCGGGGCGGUAAAGACCUCUGACUCUUUAAACCAUGAUUUGGGUAUGCUCUUUGGCACCCUGAAGACGUCAGUCGCUGAAGAGAACGGUACGGGAAAAGAUACUUCUAUCGACCCAAGUGAAGCACUUGGGUUAAUCAUGCCACAAUACGAGACACUGUGGCGGGUUGUCCUGCUUACCUACGUCACUGCGUAUUAUACGCAGUUUGAUAAGCGGAGUUUGAAGAAGAGAGUCAAAGACAUUCCAUAUUGUUUGGGAAACGCUGACUUGCCUAUGUUCCAGGAGGGCCUUCGUCUAUAUCCGUCCAACAACAGCAUCUAUCGUGCCGCCACUGGCCCUGGACCUCUAAAAUCAGCAGACGUUCAAGCAUGCCAUCGUGACUUCAAUGUUUGGGGUCGUGACGCUCUUGAGUUCCGACCAGAGCGGUUUGACAAUCUCACACCUCUCCAGGAAAAAGCCUACUUCCCUUUCUCUCUGGGCUCCCACAAAUGCCCGGCUUUUGGGGGCUUCGGAAACAGGAUGGUCACUAUGCUCGUGGUCUCCAUGGGGAGGGCUCUUUCUCCGGAGGCAGGAAAACUGAACUUUAAAGACGCACAACUAGACAACCACGUUGGAAUCAAUUUGCCGACCGGGCGGGAUGAAAUGGAAAAUUGGUCCUGGGAUAUGGUUCGUCUUCAGUGAAGCUCGCAAGCGACACAACAGAGUUGGGAGUUCUGAGUGUGAGUUAGCAAUGCACCCUGAAAAACACCAGCGUCGGGC